CUUUUAUAACAUUUUUCUCACACUAUAUCAUUCUAGCUUGCCCAUAAAGCCAAAGCCAAAGAGAAGAAGUGAAGGGUUGUGGCUAGAUUACUACAAUGAGAUCGGAUCGCGUUGAGAGAUUUGUUGUUCUUCCUUUUGCCAUCGGAUGCGCCUCCGAAUCGAGCAUUGCUCUCGGGAAAAGCAGUACUACUAAUCAAGUGAAGAAACCAUGUCAUGAUGAAGAACAAAAACCAACGAGAAGACCAGAAACAGAAGAAAGUUCAUUGUCUCAAGUGAAGAACAAGAGGAAUGGUUUCAUCAGUUUCCUGACUCUACCAAAGCCUUAUAUUUCCGGUGGCAUACAGAGAUUGAUCCGAAGCAUCAAAAGUUUGUCUCAGAUAUUUGUCUACAAAGAAGAGAUUGAAGAGAUAGAGAAGGAGAUAGAAAUCGGAUAUCCAACAGACGUUAAACACGUGACGCACAUUGGAUUGGAUGGAUCAACAACAACAAAUCCUGUGAAGGGUUGGAAAAAUCUCAAUCCGCCAGAAGUAUUUUCUUUCCCUUCCAUUUCUCUAAAACAUUUUGAGUUGGCAAUGGCUGCACAGUCUGAUCAUCAUGAGCAACCUCAGGAUGUUGACAUCAACAAAGUUGCUACGGAGUACAACCAAAAAAACAACAAUGUUGCUACAAAGAAUUUAAAAGCUUGAUUAUGAUCCAAUUGACUGUUUUUGUAAUAUUUCCUUCAUUGUUGCAGAUUGAUUACGGUUUUGAUGAUCAGUUGAUGAGUAACAUGAUUGAUAGUUAAUCCAUCGCUUUGUAUAGAUCUUGGAGAAAUUUGGAAUUUA